GAAAAAUUGCAAAUAUUAAGGGCAAAACCCAAUCUUUAUCGUCCUCCCCUCUCUCGCGGCUUCCCCAUCAGCCUCCUCCCUCGGCUUCUCCCUCGGCGACGCCUUCACUGUCCCCGAGCAGCCGCACCUCCAAGAAACACUUGCAGAGGUGACAGAGCAUUAAACUGGUGUGCUGCUUUUUCCAUUAACAGAAAUAUCUUGGAUGGCCAUUAUAUCUUGUGGAAGUACAUGGGUUGGUCAUUGGGGUAUUCAUCCUCAGCUUAUGCUACAAUAUCCUGUUGCAAAUAGGAUCCCUGCAUCCAAAUAUGGCAUUAGCAAUAAAAUGAAAUGUCUGGCAGCUCGAAGUUCAAGUUUAUUUUCACAAGAUUCCUUGAGUGCACUAUUCUAUACAAGGACAUCUCAAAAUUCACAUCAACGUAGAGGAGCGCGACUUGUAGUUAAAGCUGAUUCUGAUUACUAUUCUGUCCUUGGGGUGUCAAAAAAUGCCAGUAAAUCUGAAAUUAAAAGCGCUUAUCGAAAACUUGCUAGAAGUUACCAUCCAGAUGUGAGCAAAGAUCCUGGAGCAGAACAAAAAUUCAAGGAAAUUAGCAAUGCUUAUGAGGUUUUGUCAGAUGAUGAGAAACGAUCCUUAUAUGACAAAUAUGGAGAAGCUGGACUUAAAGGUGCUGGGAUGGGCAUGGGGGAUUUCAGCAAUCCAUUUGAUUUAUUUGAAUCUUUAUUCGAGGGCAUGGGGGGUAUGGGUGGCAUGGGUGGCAUGGGGGGCAGAGCUUCCAGGAGCAGAGCAGUUGACGGUCAGGAUGAAUAUUACAAUCUAAUCUUAAAUUUCAGGGAGGCAGUUUUUGGGGCUGAAAAGGAAAUUGAAAUAAGUCGACUGGAGAAUUGUGGGACCUGUAAUGGUUCAGGAGCCAAACCAGGGACCAGGCCAUCCAAAUGUAGUACAUGUGGGGGACAAGGCCAGGUUGUCUCAUCGGCAAGGACCCCAUUGGGUGUCUUCCAGCAGGUUAUGACCUGCUCCUCUUGUGGCGGGACUGGUGAAGUUUCCACCCCUUGCAGUGCAUGUUCAGGGGAUGGUCGGGUCAGGAAAACAAAGCGGAUCAGUCUUAAAGUUCCUGCUGGUGUGGACUCUGGCAGCCGUUUGAGGGUCCGAUCUGAAGGUAAUGCUGGUAGGCGUGGUGGAUCUCCAGGUGACCUGUUUGUCAUUAUUGACGUUGCCCCUGACCCUACACUUAAACGCGAUGACACUAAUAUUCUGUACACCUGCAAGGUCUCAUAUAUUGAUGCAAUCCUGGGGACGACAAUCAGUGUUCCAACUGUUGAUGGCAUGGUUGAUUUAAAAAUCCCAGCAGGAACCCAGCCAAACACAACACUAGUAAUGGCAAAGAAGGGAGUACCAUUCCUAAAUAAAAGUAACAGGAGAGGUGAUCAGUUGGUCCGUGUUCAGGUUGAAAUUCCUAAGAGGCUGAGCAGUGAAGAGAGAAAGCUUGUUGAGGAGCUUGCCGAUCUAAGCAAGGGAACGACCGCAAGCAGCCGGAGAUAGUUGCCUGAUGCGCCUCGCCCUUGUUUAGGUUGUAUACGCCCCUUGCCGGUUAUAAUUAUGUUCGCCCUUCAAGGAUGCAACUUCUAGGAAAAUCACUUUUGAGGGAAAAUUUAGCAGUUGCUCGACCAGUUUGAAGCGUGGAGGAGCAGGUGUUUCUAGCUGUAGGUAAAAUUAUUUUAUGAUAAUUUUGCCCCAUGUAGACACGGGGUGGGGAAAACGAGCUGGGCCGUUGCAAAAAACAGAGUUUAAGGUGUGAGGGACAUUUCGCUUAGCUCGAAUGCAAGAGCUUGAAGUUUUGCAUACGUUUUGAUCAUAAAAUUUUAAUGGCACAUAGAAUUUGUAACAUGUUUGGGCUUUAUUUUUUGCAUUACAUUGUCAAUCCCUGUGAAAUGUAGAGGAUCAGUUUCUCAUUUC